AGACGCUUGAACAGAAUUUGCUUUUCACGAGGAAAAAUGAAAGCUCGCUGAAAUUUGGCGCCAAAAAUGAGUUUAAAAGAGACGCAGCGCCUGACUUGUCAACAGGUAGAAUUCUUUGCUGACGACGAACUAAUUGAAAUUAUUCCUAAUAUAAAGCUUCCAGUAGUUAACCUUAUAGCUGGAGAUUUCGGUCCAUUUGAAGUAGGAAUACCAGUCACCGUACCUCUAUGGUUGGCUGUAGGUCUCAAGGAGGCCAAACGGUGUCGCAUAUUGCCGCCGAGUUGGCUUACAGAGGAAAAGAUACUUGCAAAAGUGGAGGAAGAGCGAAAUAAUCCUAACAGUGGUUUGGUACAGUUGCAUCAGCACUACAUGGAAAUAGCGUCCAAGUUGCUUCACGUUGCUUCAGACGACCUAGAACAACCUUUCAAGAUUAGAAAAGCCUUGGAAGACCUUCUUGACUUGAGAACCAAUAAGCUUAGGAAGGGUUUGUUUAACGUUCGAGAGCGAACACCGUUUAUCAAGAUUAAUAACAUAUCCUGGAUGGAAUUGAAUAGUUUGCGAGGACCUCUUUUAGAGAUUCUUUGUACGUUUGCUUCUUUUGAUGGCUCAAGCGAGAUGGAAACGUCGAGAACCAGAGAAGAACAAAGUCAGAGUGCUCCACCACAAGAAACAGAGCACAGACGUACAUUACGAAAAUACCAAUAAGUUCCGCACGAUUUUACUCUUU